AUGAAGGUGCUGGUACCCGUGCACGCGCUGUCGCAGGAGUUGGGCGCGAGGCUCGCGCUCUUCGAGAGGGUGUACGGGAGUGAGAUCGCGGUGCAGGUCGUUGACGGAGUCUGCGAUGGCGGACCGACGAGUACCGCGCACGCCGCCGAGGCGUUCUACAUCGGGGACAUCUCCGAGGAAGACGCCCCCCAAGCCAAGCAGGCCAAGCUCUUCCCGACGGAGCUCACGGCGCCGCAGUUCGACCCGGCGGACAAGAUGGUCGCUUGGGUGACCAAGCCGUGGAAGGCUGUGGAGAAGCGGAACGUGGUGGAGUUGGAGAGCACGGUGCCAGAGACGCGCCAGCAGUACGUGCAGGUGCCGGUCGGGAUCUUGGAGGAGCGGGAGUCCCUGCGCAUCGAUCGGGUCCAGCUGGGCAAGGACAUCGAGAAGUGGAAGAUGCAGGAUCUCAAGGCCGUCAAGCUGGAGGCGCAGAAGAGGGCUGCCGUUAUCCAGGCCAGGGUGGCCUCACGCGGGGCCGUGGUGGGCCUGCCCUCGAAGGUGCACGAGGAGCAGGUCCCGGACGCGCCACUGGGCUACUGGAGCGAGGCUCCUCGCGAGCAGAUCGCGAGGACCCGCGAGGCAGCCGCGGCGGUAGCCGCAGCAGUCUUGAAGGCCAAGCGGGCCGCCAAGGCGACGAACGAGCUGCAGGAGUCCGAGCAGGUGGUGGAGAAGCCCUCGGGUCAGUCCUUGGCCCAUCGCGCACGGUGGGAGUCCAUCCGCUGGGACCUGAUGGAGAUCGAGUGCGGCCCAGGCAUCGAGGACAAGAAGAAGGAGCCCGGUGUGCUCCUCGCCCACGCUGAGCCUGGUGAGUUCGGCCCUGCUACGCCCGCCGCGUGCGCUGGUGACGCAUGCGGGCGCGGCCACUCGGAGAAGGACGAGUACUUGGUCGACAAGGCCUUCGCAGCGUGGAGCAGGUCGUUCAAGAUCAAGGAGGCGAUGGAGGCCAAUCUGGAGUACGCGGUGGCGACCCAGAACGCGUACGAAGCCUUCGCCGGCGACGGCGACGGCGGGCACGAGGAGCCGGAGCGGCAGGGAGCGGCAGGCUCCCCGCGGCCUCACCGAGGCUCCGGGGGCUCCUACGACGUGGCCGUCAUCGGCGGCGGCGUGGUGGGUUCCUCCGUCGCGCUGCACCUGGCUGCCCUGGGCGGCCGCGGCGCCCGAGUCGUGGUGCUCGAGCCGGACGCGUGCUACCGGUGGGCCUCCGCGCCGCGGUCUGCAGGCGGCAUCCGGCAGCAGUUUUCGCAGCCAGUGAACAUCCAGCUGUCCAUGUACGGUGUGCAGUUCUUGAAAGAGACGGUGCACGAACUAUGCGCUGGGUCUGGCACGGAGACAGACGUGCAGUUCCGGGAGAACGGCUACCUCAUCUUGGCGUCCCCCGGCAAUGGGGAGAGCGUGUUGCGGGAGAAUGUGGCAGUUCAGCAUGCCGCAGGGGCGGACUGGAUCUCGCUGCUGGACGCGGCCCAGCUGGCCGAGCGCUUCCCCUGGCUGUCCGUCGAUGGCGUCGCCGCUGGCGCCUUCGGCGAGCGUAACGAGGGGUACUUCGACCCAUGGGCGCUGCUUCAGGCCAUGCGCCAGGGCUCCCAGGCGCGGGGGGUGACCUACGUGGAGCAGGCGGUGUCGGGCCUGCGCCUCUCGCCCGAUGGCAGGGUGGACUCGCUGGCGCUCGCGGACGGCAGCGUUAUCCACGCGGGCGCCGUCGUCAACGCGGCGGGUGCGCACGGCGGGCGUGUCGUGGAGAUGUGCGGGCCGUGGGCGGCCAAGCUGCCAGUGGAACCGAGGAAGCGCUGCAUGUGGGCCUUCCGGUGCGCCGGCGGCACCGCCAGCGCCCCCGCGCCCGACGCGGCGCCACUCACGGUCGACCCGGGCGGCGUGUAUUUCCGGUCCGAGGGCUCGCAGGGCCGCUUCCUGUGCGGCGUGAGCCCUCGUCCCGAGGACGACCGUGACUGCAGUGUCGAGGAUCUGGAGCACGCGGACCACGAGCUUUUCGACGAGGUCGUGUGGCCGGCGCUGGCGAGUCGCGUCCCCGCGUUCGAGGCGCUGCGAGUGGAAUCUUCGUGGGCUGGUUUUUACGAAUACAACACGUUCGACCAGAACGCGGUGGUUGGCUGGCACCCGGACGUGAGCAAUAUGCUCAUUGCGUGCGGAUUCAGUGGCCACGGCCUGCAGCAUGCGCCGGGCGCCGGGCGCGCCUGCGCGGAGCUGCUCGUGCACGGCGAGUUCCGCACCCUCGACCUCUCCUGCCUGGGCUUCGGUCGGCUACUGCGGAGCGAGCCCCUGCUGGAGAGGGGCAUCUACUGA